UUUAUAAAGGUCAGCCAAAAAAUGAGAAGGACAUCUACUUAAUGGGACUUAUUGAUAGAGUAGAGGUAGCAAGGCAUAGGCCAGUGUCCGGAAGCUCCAAACAAAACACUUCAUCUUAUAAAUACUUUGCAAUGAAGGACAAUACUCGUGUUCCUGUUUGUCGCAAAGCGUUUAUUAAUUUGCACGCUAUUACAAGUAAGGCCCUAUAUAGAUUGACUAAAUUGAAAGAAGCAAAUAACACCCCAGAAGAUCGAAGGGGAAAACAUGACAAAAGAGUGAACGCCAAAUCUGCAGAAAUAACUGGUCUUAUUCAUAGCCACAUAACCUCAUUUCCUACCAAGAUCUCCCACUACACUACAACUCCACAAACGUACUUAGAUGCUCAUUUGACAGUUUCAAAAAUGCACGACCUUUUUAUAAACAAAUAUCCACAUUUGUGUGGUGAGGUUAAGUAUGAGUUAAAAACUAGAUGACAUCUCAAAAGUGACACACUACAUUCCUGAACAGUACCGUGGAUUCUAUGAAGAGCGAUUAGCCUGGCCUACAGGCAACAACUCCGACAAUGAAGAAGACUAAAAGAAACGUUCAUGGACCUAAUCCUUUAU